CAAAAUAUCGGAUGUAAAAGUGUAUAAAAAGGCGUCAUUUCUUACUGUAAAUCACAGUUUCGUCGAAUCAAACUUAGACAAACAACUGGAAAGAUGAAAACAACAAUUUUGAUUCUUCUCAUGCUAGGACUUGGCAUCAAUGCAAAAUCUCUGGAGGAAAGAAAAGCGGACCAACGAGACAAUGGAAAGGGGUUUUUUCCUCUUACCUACGACCAACAAGACAAUAGAAAGGGGUAUUAUCCUCCUACCUACGACCAACAAGACAAUGGAAAGGGGUAUUAUCCUCCUACCUACGACCAACAAGACAAUGGAAAGGGGUAUUAUCCUCCUACCUACGACCAACAAGACAAUGGAAAGGGGUAUUAUCCUCCUACCUACGACCAACAAGACAAUGGAAAGGGGUAUUAUCCUCCUACCUACGACCAACAAGACAAUGGAAAGGGGUAUUAUCCUCCUACCUACGACCAACAAGACAAUGGAAAGGGGUAUAAUCCUCCUACCUACGACCAACAAGACAAUGGAAAGGGGUAUUAUCCUCCUACCUACGACAAACAAGACAAUGGAAAGGGGUAUUAUCCUCCUACCUACGACCAACAAGACAAUGGAAAGGGGUAUUAUCCUCCUACCUACGACCAACAAGACAAUGGAAAGGGGUAUUAUCCUCCUACCUACGACCAACAAGACAAUGGAAAGGGGUAUUAUCCUCCUACCUACGACCAACAAGACAAUGGAAAGGCGUAUUAUCCUCCUACCUACGACCAACAAGACAAUGGAAAGGGGUAAUAUCCUCCUACCUACGACCAACAAGACAAUGGAAAGGGGUAUUAUCCUCCUACCUACGACCAACAAGACAAUGAAAAGGGGUAUUAUCCUCCUACCUACGACCAACAAGACAAUGGAAAGGGGUAUUAUCCUCCUACCUACGACCAACAAGACAAUGGAAAGGGGUAUUAUCCUCCUACCUACGACCAACAAGACAAUGGAAAGGGGUAUUAUCCUCCUACCUACGACCAACAAGACAAUGGAAAGGGGUAUUAUCCUCCUACCUACGACCAACAAGACAAUGGAAAGGGGUAUUAUCCUCCUACCUACGACCAACAAGACAAUGGAAAGGGGUAUUAUCCUCCUACCUACGACCAACAAGACAAUGGAAAGGGGUAUUAUCCUCCUAUCUACGACCAACAAGACAAUGGAAAGGGGUAUUAUCCUCCUACCUACGACCAACAAGACAAUGGAAAGGGGUAUUAUCCUCCUACCUACGACCAACAAGACAAUGGAAAGCACUAUUACGGCGGCGGAUACGAUCAAUGAAAAAGUUUUGAACAGCUACGGGACUAGAAGACGGACGGAACCGGCAGAACAUAGAUAUUUCUUGUUUUCUUUGAUCAAAGGCUAGCCUUAUUAUUCAGAAUAUAACACUACAUUGCAUUCAA